AUUUUUCAUUUUUUAGUGAAAAUGUAAAAGAAUCAAGGGUUAAGGGUAUGUGUGUUAAUCCCUCUCUUCAUCCUUAUUGUUCUUGAAGCUCAGUCCUUUGCAAGUUAAGUGUAAGAUUUGCUUUGAGGUGGAGAAGUUUGGGUAGAGAAAGUAGUUUUGUAUGAUUUGUAAUAAGAAGUGAACAUUUUAAAUGUGAAUUCUGGAAAGUAUUAACUAGUAACAAUGAAAAUCAUGUCGUGGUUAGGUAGUUAGUAUCCCUGCUUUGUAUUUGGAGAGUCCCGGGUUCAGAUCUCAGCUUAGACACAGGUUAUCCUGGCAAAUUUUUUAUGGCCUUUCUUAUUCCUGCCAGACAUGUCAGGAUAAUACCCAGAUUAGGCCUUGACUGCUUUGUUCCACAUCCUAAUCACUUCAUUAUUCACUAAUAUCCUAUCAGUUAUUACAGUGUAGUUAGAUCUGCUGACAGCAUCAUUAAGUUUUUUCGGAAAUAAACAAUAAGAUGCUUACCUUCACACAGUAUGUAAUCUUAGCUUGUGCAAAAUUCUUCUGCAUGUAGUUUCAUACCUUACGUAGAAUCUAAGAAGUAUAGAACUGAAUGUUCUCAUCGUUAGUGGUUUAUACCUGAGACAUGUAUGUAAAAGUACUGAUUAAGUUGCAGGUAUCCAGCAACAUUCUCCAGCUGUUACAAUGCCCAGACUACAUUUAGAAAAAUAAUAUUAUCAUGUGUAUGAAUGACUGUUGACAGGGUUUUGGAUUGGAGGUUGGAUUUAUUGCCCUCUUACAGGUCAUAACUACAAAUAACUAUAACACUGCCACUAAUUUUCAGUCAUCUUUCACUAAUCAUUUCCUGGUAACAUGUUUUAACAGAGUAACUGUGAAGGCCCAUUCAUAUCAUCCUGCAUUGAUUGUUUCUUACACGUAGCAUUUCCUACAUGACAGAUAUUCUUUAGUACUGUGUUUAUAGAUACAUUCAUAUCAUUAUGCUUCAAUCGUUCCCUGCACGAUGCGGCACGGUCCGUCUCCGUGCGGAAUUUUCGGAGAGAAUAUUUUUCUGAUACGCUACAUGUCUGGACCGCGACGGAUGCAAUACGUACAGUAUGAACGAGUCUCAGUCGUGUUCAUACACAUCCAAGUGCACUUCCAUCAUGGACAAUGAAAAGUUGAUUGAAUUAGUACGGGAGUGUUCAUUUUUGUAUGAUUUACAGGACAAAAGAUAUAGUGAUACCCAAAAAAAGGACACAGCAUCUAGAGAAAUUGCUCAAAAGUUACACACAUCUGAUAAAGAGUGUAAAAAAUCCUGGAAUGCUUUGAGGAACGAGUUUCGACGUGCAAUUAAGAGGCAGAAGGAAACUAAAAGUGGGCAAGAAUGUGUGCCUGUAAAAAAAUGGAAAUUUGAGGAUGAGAUGUCCUUUCUUCAACCAUAUUUAAAGGACAGGACUGCCAUCACUUCCAUAAAUUGUGCAGAAGGGGAGACACAUGAUGAAAGCUCCAGCAACAUGGAAAGAAUCCCAGAAGAUAACCCGACAGUUCCCAUAUUUUUGUCUCAACAAUCGGGUACGCCAGUCUCCAACAUACCAAAGUCCACUGCCCCAUUGGUGCGCUUACCCACAAGGACGAAAUCACGACAAUUCCCAAAGAAACCUGAACCUCAGGAAACCUCUUCGGCUGUGAUGAUGAAAUAUCUACUGAAUCAGAAGCAAGCAGAUGACAUCGAUAUAUUUUGUCCCAGUAUGGCAGCAACUGUAACAAAAUUUCCACCACGCCAGAGCGCUAUAGCAAAAGCACGAGUUUUUUCGGUCAUUUCCAAAUUAGAAAUAGAAUUAGUAACCCAACCAUCAGAACAGCCAGCGACGACACCCACUACUUCUCCUGGCCCAUCUAUCUAUAGCUACUCAAGUGACAGCUGGAGCUCUCAACCGUAUGAGGAGAAACAAAAUUCCCAAAUAAAUAUCAACUUUCCUCAAGAAUUUAACACGGCACAAGAACAAGCACUAAAUGCUGUGCAAAUGUCGGACACACUUAAAGAUUAUUAUAAUAAUUUCUGAUAACACUGUAUUGCUACAUAAGUAGAAAUUAAUAAAAGUAAACAUACCUCAAGCAAACCGCUAGUUUUUCUUUAGGAGUUAUUGCUUCCUUG